GGGAGGAGCCGGGCCGCAGACAUGAGUCGCUUCAAGUUUGUGGAUAUUGGUAUCAACUUGACAGAUCCUAUGUUCAGAGGAAUUUAUAGGGGAGUUCAGAAGCAUCAAGACGACUUACAAGAUGUAAUAGAAAGAGCUGUCCAGAUUGGUGUUAAAAAGUUUAUGAUCACAGGUGGAAAUCUGCAGGACAGCAAAGAGGCACUGCAUUUGGCACAAACAAAUGAUAUGUUUUUCAGUACAGUUGGAUGUCAUCCUACAAGAUGUGAUGAAUUUGAAAAGAAUGACCCUGAUCUUUACCUAAUGGAGUUGUUAAAUCUCGCUGAAAACAAUAAGGGGAAAGUUGUAGCAAUAGGGGAAUGUGGACUUGAUUUUGACCGACUACAGUUCUGUCCCAGAGAUACUCAGCUCAAAUAUUUUGAAAAACAGUUUGAACUGGCAGAACAAACAAAAUUACCAAUGUUUCUUCACUGUCGGAACUCACAUGCUGAAUUUUUGGACAUAAUGAAAAGAAACAGAGAUCGGUGUGUAGGUGGAGUGGUGCAUUCAUUUGAUGGUACCAAGGAAGCAGCAGCUGCCUUGAUGGACUUGGGUCUCUAUAUAGGAUUUAAUGGAACCUACCAAACUGUAUGGUACUGGCACAAAAACAGACAUAUACAUCAACAGGACAGUAUACAGAGGCCCGACACAAAGCCAGAUGGAGACAGACGGAAUCAAGACCAGGAAACUUCAAAGCAAACAACUGGGUUUCUUCAUAAAAUAAAUUUUAAGGGGAAGAAGAGAUGCAGGAAAAUUUAACAGGUUAAGAGAUUUAGACUGCAAUGUGUGGCUCCCAUUUGGAUCCUAAGUCAAACAAACAACAAGAAUGUAGGACACUGUGACAGUUUGAAUACUGGUAUAUUAAAAGAGUUGGGGUUUCUUAAACAUGAUAAUAGUAUUGUGGUUGCAUUUUUUUUAAUAUUCAUGCUUAAAGAUACAUGCUGAAAUAUUUUCUGAAAUAAAUGCUAAAAUGUAGAAACUACAACAAUUUGAAUUUCCUUCAAGAUUAUAUAGAAGAGGUUUGGGACGAGUGGAUGGGAUCGUUAUCGGCCAGGAGUUGAUAACUGAUGGGGCCAAGUAAUGAAUACAUGGGGGUUUUUAUAUUCUAGUUUUAUAUAUAUUUUAACCUCUCCAGAAAGAAAGUUAUAUAUAUGCUAAAAUUAAAAAUGCAACGUAAGGACAGUAUUAAUCAUCAUUACAUUAUAUAGCAAACCAUCCCAAAACUCAUUGGCAUAUGACAGGAGGUAUUUUUUUCUUACUGCUGAGUCUUUGGGUUAGCUAGGGGUUGACUGAUAGAGGCAGAUCUUUCAGGCUACAUGUUGAAUUCAGAUCCAAGUUACGUGUUUUCAUUCUGGAUGCCCAGGCUGAAGAGGCAACAGAUGUUAAAUGCAUGCUACUCUCAGAUCACAAAAGUGCCAUCAAAAUCAAAACAGUGCAUUUCAAGCUUCUGCUCAUGGCCAGAUUUAAGCUCCUCCUUCUAAGAAACCAUGGCAAGGGUAUAGAUACAUUUCUAUUCAAGGAAGGUGAAGAACUGAGACCAAUAAAACAGUCGUCUCGUGGUCUGAAAAUGAAAGUUAAGGAAAUGAAAGUUAAUUUCCCAGGAAUGGAUGAAAGAAAGAAGGCCUAGCAGACUAAUUCAGGAGUCCUAAAAUUGACUAAUAAAAGUCCCAGAAAGAGAGAAGACAAGAGAGGAAAAUUCCUUUUUUCCCAUAAUUUUUCUCAGAGUUGGGGGUGGGGGGUGGGGUCUAAAUUGGAAGGGUUCUAACACAUCAAGUUUCAGAAUGUCAAAAGUAAUGGAAGAUCCUGUUUCUAGAUGUGGGGGAAAGGGCACCAAAAAAGGAGACUCAAACUGACAUCUCUAACUAGGUUGUCAUUUUCAUUCCUUGUUAAAUGCUGCUCGUUCUGAGACUAUGAUUUUCAUCCUUUGUGAAGAUUCGAUUUCUGGUUAGUGAAGCAUUAAUUUUGAUAUCUUUGUACCAAUACUUGGCCCAUACAGAACUGACCAGACCUUCAAACUCAGCAUUUUGAGCCUUUCUACGUUAUGCAAAUUACCCAGGGAAGCAAAUGAAUUCUUUAAAUAAAGUUUUACACAGACUGAUUUUUAUUGCUCAACUGAUAAGCACAAAAAAAACUGCAUCCCCCAAAAGCCAGGAUAUGGUUGGAAUAGAUCUUAAUCCGGAUUCUGUAAGGAUAGAAAUGCGUAUACUGCCAUUAGAGCCAACCAAAGUUUUGUUUGGGGAUUUUAGGUUUUGUAAUGUUUUAGGUAAGUUUAUAAUACAAAAAAAAGUUCCUCAUUAAAUAU